UCUCCCGCCUUCUUAUUUCCCCAGUCGUUUCCAGCAGGUCCAAUUCGAAUUUUUGUUCUCCAUUCUUAAACAAAUCACAAACGCUCCUCAUGCUUCCCUAACUCGUUGUCACCUUUGUCCCAAAGCCAUGACCUUACGCACCAACAACAAUGCCAUCCCUCACUCCCAACUCCCUCGCCUCCCUUCUCCAAUCCGCCGUCUCCACUCGCUCUUCUCUUCUGGGCCGAGCCGCGCACGCCCGUAUCAUCAGAACCCUCCAACCCCCACACCCCUCCUUCCUCUCCAACCACCUCGUCAACAUGUACGCCAAACUCGACCUCCCCAACUCCGCCCAACUCGUCCUCCACCUCACCCCCUCCCCCUCCGUCGUCACCUGGACUGCCCUCAUCGCCGGCCUUGUCCACAACCGUCAUUUCGCCUCCGCUCUCCUCCACUUCGCUAACAUGCGCCGCGACUCCGUCCGCCCCAACGACUUCACAUUCCCCUGCGCCUUCAAGGCCUCCGGCUUGCUUCGUCUCCCGGUGGUCGGAAAACAGGUGCAUGCCCUCGCCGUCAAGGCCGGGCAGAUAUGUGAUGUCUUUGUUGGGUGCAGUGCUUUUGAUAUGUACUGCAAAACUGGGCUGAGAGACGAUGCAGGGAAAGUGUUUGAUGAAAUGCCUGAGAGAAACCUUGCUACUUGGAAUGCCUACAUGUCGAAUGCAGUGCUUGACCGCCGGCCGGUGAGUGCUGUAAACAAGUUUAUUGAGUUUGUGAGGGCGGGUGGGGAGCCGAAUCCGAUUACCUUCUGUGCAUUUCUCAAUGCCUGUUCGGAUACGUCGGCUUUGGAACUUGGGAGGCAGUUACAUGGGUUUGUGAUGCGAUGUGGGUUUGGGAAAGAUGUGUCAGUGCUCAAUGGGCUUGUGGAUUUUUAUGGGAAGUGUCGGGAUGUUGGGUCGUCUAAGAUGGUUUUUGAUAGAAUUGGUGAGGCUAAUCAUGUCUCAUGGUGCUCCAUGGUGGCUGCUUAUGUGCAAAAUUAUGAGGAGGAGAAGGCUUGUGAGUUGUUUCUGCGGGCUAGGAGAGAAGGGGUUGAGCCAACAGAUUUCAUGGUUUCGAGUGUUUUGAGUGCUUGUUCUGGACUCGCGUGGCUUGAACAGGGUAGGUCAGUUCAUGCGCUUGCGGUGAAGGCUUGUGUGGACGGAAAUGUCUUUGUUGGGAGUGCACUCGUUGACAUGUAUGGAAAAUGUGGGAGUAUAGAAGAUGCCGAGUGUGCAUUUGAUGCGAUGCGUUCAAGGAACCUGAUCAGUUGGAAUGCGAUGGUGGGUGGGUAUACGCAUCAAGGACAUGCCGACAUGGCUCUGGCAUUGUUUGAGGAGAUGAGUGCGGGAAGCCAUGAGGUUAAACCGAAUUAUGUCACAUUGGUGUGUGUAUUGUCAGCAUGUAGUAGGGCGGGGGCUGUUCCAAAGGGCAUGCAGAUCUUUGAUUCAAUGAAACAAAGGUAUGGUGUUGAACCAGGGGCAGAGCAUUAUGCAUGUGUUGUGGACUUGCUAGGGCGAGCUGGGAUGGUAGAGCGCGCUUACGAGUUUAUUACAAAGAUGCCAAUUAAUCCAACAAUUUCCAUUUGGGGUGCUCUUCUUGGGGCUUGUAAAAUGUAUAGGAAGCCAGAAUUGGGGAAGAUUGCGGCUCACAAGUUAUUUGAACUUGAUCCUAAAGACUCUGGCAACCAUGUGGUGCUUUCUAAUUUGCUUGCAGCAACUGGCAGGUGGGAAGAAGCCACUCUUGUGAGAAAGGAGAUGAAAGAUGUUGGCAUAAAAAAGGGUGCAGGCUACAGUUGGAUCGCAGUCAAGAAUGCAGUCCACAUCUUCCAAGCAAAGGACACCUCCCAUGAAAUGAAUUCUGAAAUUCAGGCAAUGCUGACCUAUUUAAGGAGGAAAAUGCAGGAAGCUGGGUACGUUCCAGAUACAAAUUUUGCUCUGUUUGAUUUAGAAGAAGAAGAGAAAGUAUCGGAAGUUUGGUACCACAGCGAGAAGAUUGCCCUUGCCUUUGGCCACAUAUCUAUCCCUUCUGGGUUGCCUAUAAGGAUUAACAAAAACCUUAGGAUCUGUGGAGAUUGCCAUGGUGCAAUCAAAUUCAUAUCAGGUAUUGUAGACAGAGAAAUUAUUGUCAGGGAUAACAAUCGUUUUCAUUGCUUUAGAGAUGGCCAUUGCUCCUGUAGAGAUUAUUGGUGAUUAAUGUAUAAUGCUGCUUAACUUAAUUUUAGUGCAUCCAAAUCACAUGCUGCGAUAAAGAUUCAACAAUAUUACUCUAUCUGGUGUGUUUGGAUGGGGAAUGAGUGUCUGGAAUUCAAUUGAAACUCAAUAUUUCACAAUUUCUCCCUUCCACUUUUGGAGUUCGGUAUCCCGGCCCAUGAAAUCAGCAUGUUGUACAGAGAACAUCGUGGAAAUUGGAGCUGUAGAUUUGCGACUUCAAUUCCCACAAAACAGGUGUCAUUCCAUCCAAGUGGGAAAUUCUCCUUUUCCCAUGCACCAAAGACUUGCAGUAAAAUUUCAUCCAAAACCACCCUGGGUCUCUGUAAAGCUAGCUACAAGCCUACAACCAUUGCAGAUCCUUUCGACAGUACUCCCAAAGUUUUUGUUAGCUCUUAUGCUUGCAUUCUCUUCUUCUGGCUAAAGGUUAGAUUUCAACCUCUAUCCCCUAUUUAUCUGUUGUUGUAUUGAAGAUGCAAAUGAACUGAUUGGAUACAGAUUUUGGCUUUUGAAUGGGAUUACUGAUUCAUAUUAGGAAUGGGUUUUGAGAUUUCUAUGUUAUGUUGAAUGAGAAUAUUGUGGGACAUGAAAUUCCCACUAUGAAUUUUGCAAUUGAAUCUUGUAUGCUUCCUGUUUAUGGAUUUCGCAAUUGAAGUUUAAUAUGAUUAUUUGAAUAUAAGGGAAUGCUUUUUCUUUCUUUAUGGUGUUGAGUCCAAGCAAUUGUUUGAUAAACUUGGGAAGAAAAGGGGUUUGAGUUGGAUACUUGAUAAUGAUAUUUGUAUUCAUGGUUAUAGUUGAUACUUGAUAACAUAAUAUGUUUACAUAUUUAAACAGUAUGAGAAAUACUACAAAAAAGUUUGGUCUGAAUGAGGUAUGGGAGUGAAGUACUUGCAAUACUGGAUUUUACUGGCGAGCAACAAAUUAGGUUUAUAGAGGAUGACAAGCAGUUUCUCAUAAUGAAGGAAGUUCCAGUUUGGAGAAAAUAGAUGAUGAUGUUCAUUUAAGUGGAUCAUAGAAUAUUUUUCCAGCAUAAUAAUUAUUCAUUAAAGUUGAUAUGGGAUAAUGUGCUUGUUGCAAUGGUUUUGGUUGUUACAGCAACUCCGAUCCAACAGCUUAUUUUGCUUCCCUAUGAUAUAAAAAUUAUAGGAAGCUGUUGGAGUUGCUCUAAUAAAUCAACUUGCUGGCCGGGUUGCAUUUAAUAGCCUGUUAAUUACCUCCUUGUUAAUAUAUUUUAUGGUGCCACAGAUGAGUUGUCUGCAGCAAGUGCAAAACAAAGAUUUAGAAAGAACAAAGGAGUUGAGUUGUCUGCUAGAAGGAUGCGUCUGUGGUACAGUGCUGUAAUCGCACAUGAUGGACUUAUCAGUUUCCAGCCAGUCCACAACCCCUAGCAGCUGCGCAGCAGACGGUUGAGAACGUACAUGUGAUGUAAACCCAGAUGAAAAUCAUCUUUUGAAUGCAUUAAUUAGGUCAGAGAUUCCCAAUCGGGUAAAGAACAGACAGCUGCUUCCAUUAGAUGAUGAAGCCCAGAGAUCGGAACACAUCUCCCUCGCAAAACCGAUGCCCUGAGACCAGAACUCAUCUCCCUCUCAGAACCCAUCCCCUGACUCCUUCCUAGUUGUUGAUGCCCAAAACCUUUACUGUUUGUGACCAUUCAUUUCAAUUAAUGUCCCUGUAUUUCAGAAUGGAUUCAUUUCUUUCUGUUUGAGAUUUCUUUGUAUGUGCUAAAGUUUAUUGUGAUUUAGUUGGUGGCAUUGUUGACUGCACAAGUAAUGGUUGAGUUUGGAUGCUGGAUUUC